CGUACAGUAGUUGUCUUCUAUCUUUUAUCAGAAAUGGCUUCUUUGAGCAGUUUCCUGCGUGCAGAUCAUUUGGUUUGUUCAAUCUGUCAGGAUGUCUUCAACAACCCAGCAACGAUCCCGUGCGGACACAACUUUUGCAUUACCUGCAUCACUGAGCAUUGGAACAGCAGCAUAGGAAGUCCUUGUCCCCUAUGUAAAAAAGACUUUUAUUUGAAACCAGACCAGAUCGCUAUCAAUAGAGAGUUCAGAGACAUCAUUGAUCAACUGAAGCAGGGGGAAAGUCCUAUUCAACCUGGAAAAACUCCAUGUGACGCCUGUGUAAAGAUAAAGCGAUGCGCUGUAAAGUCUUGUGUGGAUUGCGGAGUAACUUUUUGCAAGAUGCAUCUAGAGCCUCAUAACACUGUAGAAAGACUCAAGAAACACAAACUGAUCGAACCUCAUUUGAUUUUGAAGGAUUAUAUAUGCCAGAAUCACGACAGACCGCUGGAGCUGUUCUGUAGAGAUGAUCAGACGCGUUUGUGCCUUUUCUGCAUUAAGGAAGACCACAAAACUCACAACAUUGUUACUUUAGAGGAAGAGAGUGCAGAAAGGAAGACUCAGGUUGGAAAGAGCCAGGCAGAGGUUCAAGAGAUGAUUCAGGACAGAAUCAAGAGAAGUGAAGAGAUCAAUAAACCGGUACAGCUCAGCAGGCAAAAAAUAAACAAAGAGAAAGCAGACUGCGUUGAGCUCUUCACUCUUCUGAUGCACUCCAUUGAGACAUGUCAGUCUGAGCUGCUUAAUCUAAUGGAGGAGAAGCAGAAAGCAGCAGAGACUCAGGCUGAAGAUCUCUUUAAAGAGCUGGAGGAGGAAAUCGCUAAACUAAAGUUGAGAGAGAAUGAGCUGGAGAAGCUCUCACAUACUGAAGAUCACAUCCACCUCCUACAGAGUUACCCAUCCCUGUGCAGCCCUUUAAACAGUAGGGACUGGUCUGAGAUCAGUAUUACCACUCCUUGUUUGAGCGUGGAUACCGUGAGGAAAGCGCUGACAAAGCAUCAGGAAUCGCUAAGUUUGUCUGUGACGAAAGUUACAGGAAUUGAUCUUAAGAAGAUACAGUCGUAUGCAGUGGACGUGACUCUGGAUCCUGAUACAGCUCAUGCAUGUCUCGUGCUAUCUGAAGAUAGGAAAGAAGUGAGAAUGCAAGUCAGUGAAAAUAUUAAGCAUGACCUUCCAAACAACCCAGAAAGGUUUGACUUAUGCCCCAGUGUUUUAGGAAAAGAGGGAUUCAGCUCAGGAAGGAUUUACUUUGAGGUUCAGGUAAACGGUAAAACAGACUGGGAUUUAGGAGUAGCCACCGAAUCUAUUAAGAGGAAAGGAAACAUAAUUCUGAGUCCUAAGAAUGGAUACUGGACUGUGGGUCUGUGGAGAGGAAAUGAUUAUCAGGCAAGUGCAUCUCCCUCUGUUCCUCUCUCUCCGAAAAUAAAACCGCAGACGGUGGGUGUGUUUGUGGAUUAUGAGGAGGGUCUGGUCUCAUUUUAUGAUGUAGAGUCCAGGUCUCAUAUUUAUUCUUAUACUGGUCAGUGUUUCACUGAGAAACUCUAUCCAUAUUUCUAUCCUGGUAAAAACAAAGAAGAUAAAAUGCCAUUAAUAAUAUCAACUGUCAGUCAAAGUGAAUAAAGCCAUAACAUGUUAACUAGAAGUAUAUUAGUUUUUCUUGUACAGAUUCCA